AUCAAUUUCCUUGAUUAAUUCCGUUCGUAAAAAUUUAACCUUCAGUACGCAUUCAGGGUUAACGUAACCCUGGUUUUAUUGUCGAGGUUGUAACAUUUCAACAGCGUUUAAGUAAAGCGCUGAAGCUUGGAGAGGAAAAACAUUGGUCCUGCCCUCUACUGUUUUUUUGUUUGGCAGCUUUAGUGCGCUAAGGGCUGUCGAGCUGCGUACAUUGAAAGUGUGUAGGGAAACUAAUAUAUGCGUAAAUUGUAAGUUUUUUUUUUAUGUAUGCGUACUGGAAAUUAAUAAUGUUUUUAUUUAUAAUAAGAACUGAUAAACUCUCUCAGAUAUAUUUAGUUUGAUAUAUAUAAGAUUUGUAUGUAUGCGAAUUAUUUUCUUAUAACACAAUUUUGAUCUUUAUAUUGCAGCACGUAAGUCAAAAUCUUUUUUUCACUCUAUUAUUAACAUCAAAAUAGUCACAAAGCCUAUACACGGUUUUUUGAUCUGAUUGAAACUACAGUUCUUACUUGUUUUAUCAACCUGCUUGAGAAGAAGAUAAACCUUCCAUAAAAUGACAGAAAAUAUAAUGUAAAUCUUGACUCCAUUGGUUUUGCGUUAAAACAGCAUUGAAGAGGACUCGAAUUGUGAGUCGAUACGUUUGCGUACUUCAUGUAUACCAUGUACUAAUCAAACUCAUGUACAAUAAUUUUAUGUUACAUCGAUAAAAUACUUGUAAAAUACAACAUUGUACAAACACAUCCAGUUCUGGCUCUUAUUGGCAACAUAACUUUAUUUCGUUUUUUUUAAAAUUAAUAUAUUAAAAGAAUAAAAAAUUACAAUGUGCAGAAAAAUAAUCGUUAUUUGACGGGAAAUUUAUAAGACGUUAAAAGACAUAUUAAGAGGACCGAAAGCAGAACGACUUUAUGUAUAAUGACGUAGAACCGAUAUCUUUUUAUAAAGAUGCUGCUAUGUCAUGAAAUGUGUUGCAAUUAUUACUAUAAUAUAAUUAGAUGUAUCGUGUGUGUGUGCGUGUGUAUCGUACGCGUGCCAGGUUCGUAAAAUCAUGAAUAUCUUACGAAGGCGGCUUUGAUGAUGCACAAACAAUUUUGAACUUUAGAAGUUGGAAUGCCACUGCAAAGGCAGCGGUUCAUCACGAUGUGCUCUUUAUGAUCAAUUGCAUUUAGAAGUAAAAAAAUUGUGAUACACAUCUUUUACAAGAAGGUGAAUAAAGAAGGAAGUGUGCGGAAGAAUGAAAAGGCUCGCGUGACACAAAUACGUCUACUGCCGCGAACGAUAAGCUUGCGAUAUUAAUGGCGAAGCAGAUUCGAGGUCAAGCACGUGAAAGCAACCGUGCGAUGCAUCGCGCUUGCACGACGCGUAAAUGCAUUCGUCUCAUUCAUUCGCGUCUGUCAUCGAUGCACCGGGCUCGCGGUUGAAUCGAUCAUCACGGAAACGAACUCUUUCCCCUUGUGAAAAAAUACUAUUUAACUCGCGUGGAAAAAAAAUAGAUUAGAUGAGCAAAGUUUCAGCAUAGCUUACUGCGCGAGUUAAACAUUUAUAACUAAUAAAAAAAUUUGAUACAGUUCAAUAAAGAAACUGUGUUUAAAAGCAAUUAAUGAAUAAAUUGUUAAAACAACUAAUUCUUUGCGUUUAGAAUAGAAAUUGUUAACAAAACAAGUUUUUCUCGUUACAGUAGCAAAAGUAUGUUCCGUUUUAGCUAACAUGUUUUGUUAUAAAUUUUAAUCCGUAUUUUCAAUUUCCACGGAAAGUUGUCUUGCUUGUAUUAACAAAUUUUCUGCACUAUUGUACAAUAACAAAUAUGAUCAGUUAUAAUCGCUAAUUUUAUUCAGUUAUAAAACUUUGUUACUUUAAUACUUUGCUAACGAAAACUGUCUUAUACAGCUAUAAAAAUACUGAAUCAAAAUCUUAUUACAUUUGUUUUAACAAAUCUUUUUUGUGCGCAAGAGAAUUAUUAAAAAUUAGUAAAAAACCAUUUAAAUUAUAUAUACAUAAUUGCAUAUUAUUAAUAUAUUAAUAUUAAUUCUAAUAGGUUUUCCAUUAUAAUAGUAUUUUUCUAUAAGGGUUUAUUUAUAGCGUUUCAACUUUGCGGGAAGGAGAAAAAAGUACGAAGUGGGAUCGGCCGGAAAUUCCACUUUCCACUCCCCCUCCGUCGUCACGAGUAUAUUUGUCCUAUUGUCACGAGAAACACCUCAGUUACACGCCACGGGGUUGAAAAGGUGGACGCAUUCGCUCGAUCCAUGUGCUUGGCCUCGACACCCCGACUUGCGUUAUGUCGCGAAAAAAGAAAAUCUCUUCACUUCGCGCACAUCGUUUAUAGUUAACCCGAAAAAUUAAUCUAAACAAUUAAAAAGAUCAUUAAAACCUUGUUAUGAUCUUAUAAUAUACCUUUUAAAGCGUUUCCGGACUCUCUUGACGCGAUUUUUUCUGCCCUCUUUAUGACAUCACGCACGCGAAUGAUGCUUGAAACCAAUAUUUAUUAAUUAAAUUCAUAAAAUAAAUUUCUUUUGAUCAACGCUCGAUCAACGGUGAACUUCAGUGACUCUAUUAGUGUUCCUUCGUUUUCUUGUGAUUUAGGACUAUCAGAUUUAUCAAUGAUAUCAAUAUUCGAUAAGAAUAAUGACAUUAGAGUGAAUGUAGAGUACGAACGCAGAGCAAGAGACGAAGUAAUCUUUUAUUACAUACACUUCGUUUCAUGACAAUGUGAAAUUCGCGUGACAUGUAGACUUUUAAAUAUUAUAUGGAAAUCAUUUUAUGAGAAUGCGUGUAAUUAAUUAAUUUCGUAAUGAAUAACGAACGAGAAACGCAAUUAAUGUAGAUAUUACGAUUAUCGCAAGGACAAAAGUGAGUAAUCGAUCGAUCGUUUCUUUAUUCGUUCGUCCUUUCGCAUAAACGAAAGUAAAAUUCUUUAUCUGAAAGAAAAAAACUUGGAAAAAAGAAACUUAAGAGAUGCAAAGAAUCAAUUUCAAGGAAAGAGAAAAGACCAUGGAAAUCGGAUAGACGGAUACAGAUGCUAUAACUCCUCUGGUGUUCCACCAUUGUGCUCGCACUGUGUUUCCACUUGGAACGCCGCGCGCAAAACGUCCACGAGAUAUUAAUAAUCGCUGAAGAUUUACGAGAUAUCAGACUUUUUACGAGAUAUCAGACUUGUCCUGAAGAAGCAAUAACUACCACUUGUACCGCUGAUAAAUAUCGCGACGUCACGAUUACCGCGAUCGAUCGCUAAGGACGACGAAGGAUUGAUGAGAAUCGCGCGUUGACGGUGCCAAUAAAAAUCGCCAGUGACCUCCUAAAAGUCGUGACAAUGGGACUUCCCUUAGACGUGACCGAUUCGCCGCCGUUCAAUUACGUGGCCCACACCGGGCCGACGAACACGUCGUUUGUGGGAGUGGAACUGAAUGUGCCGUAUACCAUCUGCGAGAUCCUGAUCGCGAUCGGUGCAAUUUUCGGCAAUGGCUUGGUAAUCAUUGCCUUCGUCAAGGAGCGGAAGUUACGCAAACUCACUAACUACUACAUCGUCUCGUUGGCCGUGGCCGAUCUGCUGGUCGGACUGUUCGCGAUCCCGUUCGCGAUCCUCGCGAGCGUCGGCCUGCCACCGAAUCUGCACGCCUGCUUGUUCACCCUGUCGAUUCUCAUGGUCCUAUUCACCAUCAGUAUCUUCAGUUUGAUGGCGGUGUCCAUCGAUCGUUACUGGGCGAUACUGUAUCCCAUGGGUUACUCGCGCGAUGUACACACCAAGACUGUCAUAAGUAUAAUAGGCGUAUGCUGGGUAGCGGGCACUCUGCUGGGUUUCCUACCGCUCUUGGGAUGGAACACCGGCAAGAUGAACAAUCACAGCUGCAUGUUCAGAACCAUCAUGGACUACAACUAUCUCGUGUUCCUGUACUUCGCCACGGCCGUUUUACCCGCUCUGCUGAUCGCGGCUUUCUACGCCCACAUAUAUCGUAUAAUUAUAAAACAGCGCCAACAAAUCAUCGCGAUGAAUCCCAGCGAUCCAGGGGGUGGCAGUAUCGUUCGUCAUCUCAGUGUCCAUCACGGCGGCGAUUUGGGCGAUAAUCAUCGUCAGACGACGAAGACGGUGUUGUGUCGUCUUGGCGCGGUACGUAAACGGGAAAUCAAGGCCAUACAAAAUCUUUUCAGCAUUGUUAUCUUCUUCAUCAUUUGUUGGUUUCCGCUGCAUACGGUGAACUGCGUGAUAGCCUUCUGUCCGCAGUGUGAAAUAAAUGACUUUCUUAUUAAUUUCUGUAUCGUCCUCUCGCACAUCAACUCGGUAGGCAAUCCAUUUCUUUACGCCUACCAUCUCAAGGACUUUCGCAUUGCCAUCAAGAAGUUCAUUUGGCGGUUCGUCUUUCGGCACAGUGACAUCAAGUUCAAUACGGUCAGUGUUAUCUACGAUCGGAAUUUCCUCGCCGGUUCGCAGAGGCAGCUUCAGCGAUUCAGUAACUUUGAUCGGCCAAGAGGUCAGAAGCAGAGUUCGCUACAGGUAGUUGAUGGGAGCAGGAUGGACGGUGUGUAUUUCGAAAAUCACGUUUCGUCAAUUCAGGUCAAAGAGACGCAUCAGAACGCCAGGAACAUCGACAUUGAAGUUAAUAGUGCGGUUCUAAGCAACUCUACAGCGAACAAACAGACGAGUGAGAAAAAAUUGGUCAAUGACCAUGGAAUGUCCUCCUCAAUGAAUGAGCAAACGUUAAAAUCCCUGGCGUCCGUGAAGAGGACCAUGAUCGUUUUUCGUGAUCAAGAUCGAUAUGAAUCACGUUUCUUCCAAUCGUCUUCUGAUGAAAAAAUCUUGCGAUAGAUUCGAUAUAGUUGGCGACAAACACAGUAAUUCUGAAAGAAAAUAACUAGAAUAUUUUUUAAUAAAGGAAAAUUCUUUUCAAAAU